AUAUAACAUACUCAAAAGUUCCCAAAAAAUAUCAGUAAUUUCUACAGUAUUUUAUGGUCAUAUAGUAAUGUGUAUAACAUCAUAUCCGUACGUACUAUGUAACAUUUACUUUCACCAUGUAAUAUUGCGUAUUAGCGAUUAUAUAAUAGCCAUUAUAGUAAUUCUUAUUGAGGUAUCAUCCGUUGAUAACAUAUUGAUUCACUAUUUUCACCAUUGUAACCUUGAACUUGACUAGCGUAUUCACCGUUUCUGGGGAGUGUCUGCAAUCUUGUAUUAGUAACUGUUAAUUGUACCUUUUGUAUCGUUUAUAUUAAUAAUUAUGGAUCCAGCAGUCUUCCCUGAAGAGAUUUGGAUAAAAAUUUUGUUAUAUUGUGAUGUACCUGAUAUUAUUGCUUUCGGUAGCACAUGCAAAUACUUAAGGAAAACUUCGGAUACAGAUUACCUAUGGAAAAUGAAAUGGCAAGAAUUAAUUUCAAAAGUACACUUUAGGUUUCCAGACAUAAAAUGUCUGCAACUACUUAGCGUUAGUUUUAAAGCAAUGUGUUACAGAUUACAUAUGGUACUCACAUUAGGAGAAAAUGUACCGUUUCCAAAAUGUUAUCACUGCAGCGGUUACACAUGUCAAAGAAAUUGUGUUGAAGGUACUAGUGCAAAAGUAGUAAUUGAAAUUGGAAAUAAGUACACAUGGGUUAUUACGCCAAAUUUUGGUUUAAGAAGACAUUUAUCAAUGUUUGGUAUACCUAAAUAUAAUAAUGAAACACAUUUAGAACAAACUCAAACACAAAAUGUUCCAAGCAGUAGUACACGCUCAAAAUGUGAUGGAAAGUCAUUGGUAAAGAAAUUAAAAUUAUUAAAGUUGUCUGAAUUGGAAACUAAAAUUCCAAGACCCAGCGGUCCAUUUUGUGUUUUCUGUAAUCCAGUAAAAUUGUAUAGAGAAAAAAAGAGGUUAACAACAUACCAAAAUGAUCCAACAUGUUAUACAAGGCCAAAUCCAACUUAUGAAAAACUUAUAAAUGGAUACUGUACUGAUGCAGUUGAAGUUCUUGGAAUUCCAAAUGUUGAUGUUGUUAGUCCUGCGGAAGCAUUGAGUGAUGGAUCUUUCACUGUUCUCAAAACAUUUGUUGAUCAUUUAUUUCAACAGAUGCAUUUAACAUCAACACUAAGAAAACCUAAUGCAGUGCUUAUGUUCUGUGAACCAUUAGCAAUGCAUCCAACACUUAGAAAACAGUUGUUGCACUACUUAUUUCAAGAAGUUAAAGUAGCAAGGGUAUGUUUGGUACCAAAACCUUUAGCAGCAUGUGCAAUGUUGGGUGUGGAAACUUGUGUCAUUGUUGAUAGUGGAGCUCUUAGUACAACAGUAGCUGUUGUAAUUGGUGGUCGUGUUGUACCAGAACGUUGGAGGUUGUUACCUGUAGGUGGUUGGCAUGUGGCUUAUCACUUAAAACAAGCUAUGCAUUGGCAACCAAAAGAGUAUCAUCAAAUUCCUAUAUCAUACUUAGAUACGCUAACUGUUAAAGAAAAAUGUAGGUUGAGUUAUAAUAUUAAAAAUGAGGAAAAACGAGUAGGACAGAAAUCUAGGGAACAUAUUAAUGUUAGAGUUGAUAGCUAUGCUGCUGAUUAUAAACAACAUUGGAGAGUUUCCUUUGAUUCAGAAUUAUACAUUGCUCCUGAAAUGAUGUAUAUUAAUCUUGGUUUACCACAAGUGAUAAAAGAUGUGACGUCUGGUUUAUCAGAAGAUCUAAUGUAUGAUUGCCUCUCAAAUAUUUUUCUUACUGGAGGCAACACAGAUCUUUCAGGUUUUGAGUUAAGAUUAACUAAAGAUCUACAAGAGUUGUUAUCUGAACAUAGUAAAAUUUUAGAAGUGAGAAAUUGUCCUGGCACACAUAGUUGGCAUGUUGCUAUGGGUUCUACUUAUGUGCCUUUAGCUGUACAUCCUGGAAAAACUCCGCCUGAAUAUGUAGAAGGUAAUCCGUUUUGGUUGUCGAGAGAAGAAUACGUUUUAUUUGGAUGCGAGUCACUGGAGCAGUAAAACAAAAAUAAGUGAUUCCAUAUAAUACACAUUGGAGCUCUACUUUGUAUAAGGGGAUAGGAGAUUUAAACUCUCUCGGCAUGUAUGCAGUGAAUAAUAGGUUAGACUGAAAUCUAGGUAUUUAAUGUAGACAUAUCUCUGUGCCUAUGUUGCUGUUCUUACAUCUAACAUUAUUCUUUCUCCAUGUAUCCUUCUACACUUCGAAAUCUCUGAUCUGCAAUAACAAUGAAUCUCUGCAAAUUUCUUCAAAUCAUAAGAUAACAUUAAUACAUGCACUCAUAUAAUUCUUUAGACUCCUUUACAUCCCUAUUCACUAUCAUACUAACCCAAAUUUCUUCAUCAUCCUGCUCCAAACAAAAAUUGAACAAUUAGAUUUUUACAUAAAGUGAAUUUUAAUUUUGGAUCAAAAUUCUUUUCAUCUUAACCGCAUGUUAACUAUAUGACUUACUGUACUAAAGUCAGUACCCUGUUAUUCCGUAUCAACUUCUUAUUUCCUGCAGUACUGCAAGCUUAAUUCUCCCUUUCCUUUAUGAGAUCACCUGUAUGUAUAUAGUUCAAAUGAUAAAAUGUUUUGUAAAUAUAAAAUAUCUAAGCUAAAUUGCUUAAACGAUACUAAAUGUACAGAUAGGUAAUUUUAAAAAGUAUUAUUGAAAAAAAGUAUUACUUAUAUAUGAAUAUAGUAAGUCUAAAAAGCUGUCCACGAUUUCAUAUAUUUACAUCGCAUUAUUCUUGCCAAAAUAAGAAAAAUAUAUUGACAGCAAUAGAAAAAAGCAGUAACGUUUCUAGUCACUUUAAAUACAAUUAAACUACUUAGAUUUCCCUUCCAAAAUAGUGAGCUUAAUACAAUUAAAAUUAAGAAUUCGUAAUAAUUAAGAACAUGAAUAUUUAACUUUACGAGAUAUAAAGCUACUGUUACUAUAAUUUUCCUUAAAUUUAAAUCUAUUAUUGUGAAUAAUUAAUAUUGUGAAUUAUAAUGUGUACAGUAAAGAUAUUUUAUUGAUUUAUAAUUAGAAUUCAAGUAGUAAUUGAAAGAAUAAAACUCUUUAAUACUACUUUAGAUAAAACUCUAAUAGUAAAAAAGUUGAUUAAAAAAAUGUUUAUAAGCAUUAUACUAUAAAUAAUUUUUAUUAAUGAUAAUCCAUGUGAAUUAUUACAUUAAUGUAAUAAUUUUUUAUUUAGAAUGUUACAUGUAAUUACAAUUUUUAUAUAAUUUAACAAAUUUAACUAUAAAACAAUACGAAUAUGGUAUAUAUUACACAGAUUAAGUAUUUUUUAUAUAAAA